AUGUCCUCCUCUUCCUCCUCUUCACGACGUCGGUCCGUGGAAGAUAUGAUCUCGCCUAUGGAUGUGGAUUCUUUCGAUUGGGCAGCUUACGAAGGAACAUAUCAAGGUCGAGCUUUGAUCACCCGCCUAACCCACAUUCCCACACUCCUCUUGACUUCUUCCUCCUCCCAUCCUCCUCCCUAUGCUAUAGCCUUGUCCAAAGCAGCUCUAAAACGAUUGAUACCGCAUAUCAAGAAUGAUACAUGGGAUUAUACCACCUAUUUCCAAAGUGUCCGAUUACUACUCGAUCCCACAUCACUUAAAAAGCCGGAUGAGUCCACGAUGGAUAUCGACGAGAGCGCCGCAUCAGCAGUAGCGGGGGAUGGAGAGGUGGAUAUGGAGUGGAUCGAGAAUGUAAAAGAGCUGGAAAGAAGGGAAAAUACAAGGUUGGAUGUGGAACUGAGAGGGUAUUUGAGUAAUUUGAUUAAAGAGAGUAUAAGACUCACGUACCUCGCUUUCGCACAAAUAUCGAUCAAAGUUGGAAAUUCAUCUUCUGCGAUGAAGAAUUAUGGAGCAGCAAGAGAGUAUAGUACCAGUCCUCAACAUCAUGUAGAUCUAGGUGUUGGGAUCGUAGAGACCCUCCUUGCAUUCAACCUCCCUGCCACACUCCCAGGACACAUCUCAAAGCUCGAAGCAACCCUGGACCGAUUACAUCCUCCACCAACAAGCAGCAAGAACCAGGCUGAAGCUGCCAGUGUGACGGCUUCGGACAUACGAGAAAGAAGGGAGAACGAAUUGAGGAGUCUGUCAGUGAGAAAAAGCGUCAUGGUCAGAAUCAAAAUUGCCAAAGGGCUCGUGGCGCUGUAUAAUCGAGAAUGGGCCAAGGCCGCGAAAGAGUUAUUGGGUGUUCAGGAGGAUUGCGGUGGGCAAGGUGAUUACGAAGGGAAGGCAAUUUCUACCUCUGACAUUGGAUUGAUCGUCACAUUCUGCACAUUAGCAAAUGGAGACAGAGAUCAGAUUAGAAGAGUUCUGUUGGAAAAUCCAAAUUACAAAUCACAGAUUGAUGAUUCGAAUUCAUGGUUGAUUGAUCUGAACAACUCGUUUGUUGAUGCGGAUUAUGGACAGGUCAUGAGAUUGCUUUACAAAUCCGAGCCUAUCCUCCUACUCAAUCCAUUCCUUUCAGCCCAUACUACCACCUUAAUCGACCUUAUCCAGACUAAAUGCAUACUCCAAUAUGUCCAACCCUUCUCCUCUAUCAGGAUCCAAACUAUGGCGAAUUCCUUUGGACUGACAGAAGAGCAGAUAUUGCGUUUGGUAGAGGGUUUGGUGGAAGGGAAAGAGAUCAGAGGAAAGAUAGAUCUUAUAGAUCAUGUGAUUAACAUGACCGAACCGGAUUAUCGAAAUGAAAUGUUCAAAAACGCCUAUCAAGUAGGUAAGAAAGUUAGUGAGGUGACUCAAUCAGCUAUUUUAAGGAUGAAAAUGAUCGAAGCUGGUUUGAUCGUUGACCCACGACCACCUAAAUCUGAGAAACCAGGUUCAGGUGUAGAUGAGAAAGGUCAAUUGGUAUUGGAUGAAGGGUUAGGUGAAGGAUUGGGGAUUGAGCCUGAUUCGUAUCAGGUUUAG